ACCAGUCUAAUUCAUUAACCAUCCAAGUGCAAUAGCAGUUUAUUUCACUCCAUUACAGUCCAUUACUAGUCUAGUUCACUCCAAAUCUAGUCUAUUGCCCUAAUAGUCCACGAGCCAAUUUCUUGCCCAUUCCACCCCAUUAUAAUACUACUCCCAUGUCGAGCUUCCAGAAUUUAUUCGGCUCCAACAGCAACGCCAAGGUCGAUUCCUCCGUCGACAGCUUGUUCGCCGGAACAGGAGCUGGUCCCAUCACUAGAGACCACUUGAGGUCCAACAGAACCGAGAUCGAGGUGCCUGAGAGAGACUCCAAGAGAAGAAAGAUUGCGCAGGAACCAGCCGCAGAAAGCGCAGAAAGCGAAGAGAGCGCAGAAAGCGAAGAAAGCGCAGAAAGCGACGAAAGCGACGACGAGGAGCCAGUCCCCAAGCCAACCAAGAAGUCCUCUGACAAGGACGAUGACUUGGAAGCAAGAUACUACAACAAAUUGCUCCAGGACGACACCAAAGACGCCAAAGACGACGAAAACGAAAGCUCCCACAACGAAGAGGCAGCAGCCAAGAAGGCUACGGCCGCCAAGACCAUCGACCUCAAGGAAUCUGAGUUGCAGAAGGCAGAAAAGACGGUUUUCGUGGGCAAUGUCACCUCCGAAGUGAUCACCUCCAGACAGAUGGCCAAGAAGUUCAAGAAAUUAUUUGCCGAAUUUGGCAAGGUCGAGUCGAUCCGCUACAGAUCCAUCUCGUUCGACGAGGCACUUCCCAGAAAGGUGGCGUUUGCCAAAAAGACCUUGCACAAGUCCAGAGACACCGUCAAUGCCUACGUGGUCUUCACGGAAAAAGACGCUUCCUUGAAGUGCCUCAAGUUGAAUGCCACAACCUUCGAGGACUUCCAUCUCCGUGUGGACCAUGUGGCCCAUCCUGCCCCCAAAGACAACAGAAGAACCAUUUUCGUAGGAAACUUGGACUUUGAGGAAAAGGAAGAGACGUUGUGGAAGUACUUCAACAACAAGCUUGACAACGACGUCGAGUCGGUUAGAGUGAUCAGAGACGCUAAGACCAACCUAGGCAAGGGCUUUGCGUUGGUGCAGUUCAAAGACACGUUAUCUGUCAACAAGGCAUUGCUCUUGAACGAAAAGCCCAUGGCAGAAAAGGGACGUAAGUUGCGUAUUUCCCGUGCCAAGGCACACACCAAGCCAUCGAUUCUUUCGCCAAACCACAUUGACAACACCAAGAAGGCCCAUGCUGCCAAGAAGUCCAAGUUGAGCGAGCAGCAGAAGACCAAGAUGGGCAGAGCCCAGACGAUUUUGGGGCGUGCAGACCGUUCCACGGUAGGCAAAGUGAUUGUGGAAGGACAGAGAGCCACCAAGGGAUCGCGUAUAGCAGGCAUCAAGGGAUUGAAGACAGGAGGCAAGGUGAAGAAACCCAGAAUCAGAGAGCGUUCUACCAAAUUCAAGAAUGAGAGAGAGGCCAUCCAGAAAGAGAUCAAGAAGUAGGUAAUGCAUAAUAGGAGGACGAGGAAGAGUAGUUAGUGCAUAGUAAGAGAUAUUAAGGAGAAGUAGAUAAUGCAUAGUAAGAGAUAUUAGGGAGGAAGCAGAUAAUGCAUAGUAAGAUAUAUUGAGGAAGUAAAUGCGUAGGAUGAUGAAAGAAGUAUAUAAAGGAGGAAUAACUAAAUAAUGCAUAGUAAGAGAUAUUGAAGAAAGUUAUGGGUAGGAUUAUUCUCCAAAGUGUCAUAAAUCGGCCACUCUUAGAUAUAUUAUUAGGAUAAUUACACAUCAAAGGAAAAAGGAGGUUGGUGUAGCAAUAAGAGGAGGGACGAGUAGUUACGGGUCUUGGAUGGGGGUGUAGAAUAGAUAAUGAGCGGGUGCAAGAGAAAGAGUCUGAGGGGGAUGGAGUAAUAAUGAGAGAGACUGUGAGAGGAAUUAAGUGAUGAUUCAAAGAGGCAAUGGAUAAUUAUCACUGAUCUGGUAGUCUACGAGGAGA